AUGUCACGUGUCCGUAAAUCCAAAGCCGCAAGAUUUAAUGCCCAUGUCCUGAAAAAGUUACAAACUGCCGUUGCUAUGGACCCUGAAUUAGACUUAACGACACAACUACCCUCAGCAUAUUCUGGUCGCUUGGGAAAAAUGCGCGAAACUGUACAAUCUGUGGACGAUGUUAUCAUCAACACAACCUCCCGUGAUGACGAAGAUAUUCGAACGACCUUCGAUGCGUCAAUCCAGGCAGAAAUAGUGCACCCAUUAUCGCAAGAGGUACUGGAGCUGUUGUCACCAGGGGGUACCAAAGUUUCUCCUGUCCGACUUUCCCAACGGUUGCUCGAUAUCAUGCGCACUAGCGAGGUUAUCUGGAAAGCCCCGUUUGCUCGGCACAAAAUUGUUUUAAAAUGCGGAAACAAUAUAGUUCUGAAGGUAAUAAGGAAUAUGGAUGAUUAUACUGAGUAUACAACACUACAGUAUCUUCGGCAGCAUAGGCCGAAUGUUCCAGUGCCUGAACCUUCUGGGCUUGUGCGAGUCAACGACAUUUCGCUGGUUUUUAUGACGCAUAUUUCCUCCAAUAUGCUUGCCGAUGUGUGGUCGAUACUGAACUCCUCUCAGAAAACUUCAAUAAAGGAGCAACUGGCCGCGAUUCUACUAGAUCUAAGGUCCAUACCCUUUACCCCCGGUGCACCUCUUGGAGGGGUAGGAGGAGAAGGAUGCAAAGAUAUUAGAAGGCAUCUGCGCCGCAGCGAAGCACCUAUCCUAAGCGCCAGCGAGUUCGAGGACUUCCUUUACACCGGAUCUCAUGAAGGGGGUCAAGUGUUUGUGAAAUUACUUCGCCAGCUGGCUCCGCCCAUCAGCGCACCUUCUUCACCUGCAAUUGUUUUUACACACGGUGACCUCCGACCGAACAAUAUUGCAGUGACAAUGAAGGAUGGUACGUGGGUUAUAGCCGGUCUUAUUGACUGGGAAUACAGCGGCUUCUACCCUGAAUACUACGAAGCGGUUAGGUGUACAAACUGCUUAGCGCCAUACGAAGACAAUGAUUGGUUUCUUUUCCUACCGGACUGUGUAUCCCCGAAAGCCUAUUCCCAUUGGUGGCUCCUCGAUCGUGUAAGAGAGACGCGGCUUGUGUAA